CAGAGGGGUGUCGCCGUCGCUUCCGGGUUUCCCCUCCCAGAGGAAGCCGCCGUUCGGCGCCGGUGGCUCCGCGUUCGUCACGCCUCUCCGCCGCCUUUUCCCGGUGGCCAAACGACGGCGCGGCGGCGGCGGAGUGGGGGGCUGGGGAGGAGGGAGCCGCUGGUUCAGGCCUUCUCUCUCCUUUCGUCCACGUUCCGGGUUGGGUGCUCUGCUCGGGCCCCUCAUCUGUUGCCAGGAGCGGAAAAUAAUAGGAAAUAAUGAGGAGGAGGUUUGAAAGUAGAAAAUCCAGUCGGCAUCAUUAGUUGCAACUAGAAUGGAGAACAGCAAAAGUGAAGAAGUGGUAGAUAUUAUUCACCUUAAUGUUGGAGGUUAUAUAUAUACUGCUAGGCGUGAAUCUUUAUGUCGUUAUAAGGAAUCAAUGCUAGCAUCUAUGUUCAGUGGACGGUUUCCUCUAAAAAUGGAUGACUCAGGAGCAUGCCUUAUUGAGCGAGAUGGCAGCCUUUUUAAAUACCUCUUAGAUUACCUUCAUGGAGAAGUUCGGCUUCCAGAAGACAAGCAGACACGACUUGCAUUGCAGGAAGAAGCAGAUUACUUUGGCAUUCCUUAUCCUUGCAGUCUUGCUGAUCAUUUGGCUAAUGAAAUGGAGACAUACUCCUCAAGAUUAAAUAUAGAACUUAAAAAGGUACUCACUGAUUUUUGUGACUCUUAUGGUUUAAUAUGUUCUAAGCCUACAGUUUGGGUCUUACACUAUCUCAACAGUUCGGGUGCAAGUUGUGAGAGUAGAAUAAUUGGUGUAUUUACCACAAAAGCAGAUGGUACAACUGCAGUUGAAAAGGAACUGGGAGGAAGAAUUCAUAGUAAAAAUAUAUACAAGAGUUCUCGAGGGAGCGAAUUCCAUAUUUUGAAGGAAAGAUCGGAGAAAGCCUGUUCACGUGUGCCUAACAACCGGCCUCUCCUGUAUAACUUUAUACCCAGAGAAGCUGGAAGCAAUGUCCAAUACAUCUGGAGUUAUUAUUCAGUCACCGAAUUGAAAAAGAUGUUGGAUGCCUUUGAGUCAUGGGAAGGGAGAGGUGUCAGUUACUGGCGAGUACCACAGGAACUAAUAGAAUGUUGGACUCUUGAAGAACAACCUUUGAAAGGAAAUGUGGAAAACAUGUCACCAGUUUGUAAAAGGCGUAUAAUAGACCUUUCCGAAGAGGAAGACAGUCAACUGACCAAUAGAACAAUUCGCAGACCAAUUCAGUUUUCUGGUCCCUCAACAAGUACCCGCAUCAAAGUGAAGAACUCUGCUUCAUUAAAAAUAGUAGGUCCUACGUCUUCACAUUCCCAGGUUAUGCUCAAGAGACCUUGCAGAGAAAGAUGUUUACCAUGCAAAGAAGUAUCAAAGAAAGUCUGUGGAAACUCCUCCUCAUUGCCUAAAAACUCUUCGGCAUCUGUUAGGGACACUGAAGAUGAAGUGGUCUGUCAAAGGACCCUGAAAGCCCCCUUGCCCAAGAAGCCUGUAACCAAUCGUGUAGUGAAGCUGAAGCGAAUGCCACUCUGUAAUGAAUUAUUGACACAACACUCUUCAUCAGCACUGAGCAAGGUGACUGAGCAGCAAGUUCCAUUGGUUGCAGUUGCUUCCACUUCUGCAUCUCCAAAGUUUAAUGAAGAGGACUUUGGGGUCCCCAUGAAAAGUAUAAAUGUUAAAAAUCAUUUACCAAAUAACCAGCUGGAGGAUGAAGUAUGAGGUUUAUAUGUGGACUGAGUUACUAUCUUUGAAAGGCAAAAUUUCUGAUCUUAAGUGAGAAAACAAAUGAAAGUGUCACACAGAUUACAUAGAAUUCGGAAAGCCAUUGACCUUUUUAAUAGGUCAAUUAAAGUAUGAACAGUAUACUUUUUCCAGUGUGCAGCACAAGGGGUACAUGGAAAUUUUUUAUUCUAUAAAUGGAUGUAGUCUGCAUUGGUCAUUUCUUACAUUAUCAAACGUGGGAUGGUAGCCAAUUUAAUAUAUAAUUUAUGCCAGACUCUAUGUACUCUGUGCUUUAAAAAGUCCAAUUAUUGUUCUUGAUAUACUUUUGUAUAAUUCUGGAAUUACUACUUUUUGUGUAACUUAUUCCUCAGCUACUUGUGGACAGUGGUGAAGGGCAAGAGAGGGCAUUGAAACCUUUUUCCACAGUGCUAGAAUUCUGACUGAGCAGUUCUCAGUAUCUGGUUUUCAACAGGAAUUACCCACAUAAUUUCAAGCAUAUCUUUGUGAAUGUUAGGGUUUACAAGCGGCUUUAAAAAGCUUAGAUUCUUGGAUUCUACAAGCAUUACCACAUUAUUUUGCUUUUCCAUUAUUUCCAUGCUUCCAUGAAAUCACAUGUGCAGCAGUGUAAAUAUAUGUCUGGGAUGAUAAAAUAGAAAGGACUUCAAUUUAGCCUGCAAUGAUAUUAUUCCAGUCACCAGGGGAAAAAAAGAUUUGACAACUUCUACAGGAACGUGGUUGAUUUCUUCAGUGCUUCUUACAGGUAGGACCCUUUCUGAUAACCAGCUGUGAAACAACCAUGACCUUUGUUGCAGUAAUGUCACUUAAUGCAUUUUCCUUGCCAUUUCUUAAUGGCCUUGUAAGCAGUUCUUUGUAUUCUUGAAGUUUCCAUUCCUUAGUCAUUGCUGCCAAUGAUCAGUCCAUGUCAGCUUUCAUUUUCUGCUCCAAAUCCCCUCAAUUUUGUGCUCAUCUUAAAAUGUGAUGAUUAGAAUGCCAGUGAUCCUUCCUAGUGUCAAAUGCAGCAAUAGCAUUAUUCAUGCUGCUGUUAAUGACAAUCUCUUUAAUUUCCCCCUUAAUAUAGUAUUUCAUACACAGUAAUUUAACAUUGUAGAUUGUAGCUUCAGUUUAGGCUAAUUUGACUUUUAAUCCUUAACCACGUUAAGCUUUCCCCAAGCUUUUGGUGUUCUUGGAGAUUCGAUGAGCUGCACUUUCCAAUAUAUUAGAUUGGUUUUUUGGAUAGGCUAUGGAAUAUGACUUGUAAUUUUCUUUAACCUCUCGCACUGACUGCACAGGUUGUCAUGAAACCAGUAUUUGGUAUUUCAGUAUGAUGUUUUUGCCUUUUGGAUAAAAGCCCCGAAGUGAAAUCAGUUUGUUGAAAAUGUGCUAGGAGACAGUCCCAGCACGUACACCAUCUGGAACUUGUGCACAUGUUCCAUUUGUCUCUGAGGAUUUGUCUUCUGUUUAAGUAAUUUGUGGCAGUUAUUGUAAAGCACUGGAUUAUCAGCAUAACUGUGGACUGGUGCCUUCACAGCAUCAGUUGUGAGGAGCACUUCAUAAUUUACAUAAUAGUACAUGUGUUGACAAUGAAUACUGGGAAGUGGUGCUCCACAAAACAUUUGAGUCAUUUUUUUUCUAAUUACAGUUAUUGUAAAGGAGCACUCCUGCACUUCUCAAUUCACCCAGAGGCAAGCCUUCACCCUCAGUGUUUGCAUGUAGAUUGUGAGGAGAUCUCUCUCUCUCUCUCUCUCCCUCUCUCUCUCCCUCUCUCUCCCUCUCCCUCUCUCUCUCUCUCUCUCUCACACACACACACACACACAUUUACUUUGCAGUUAAGAAUCUUCAGAGUUAUUUUCAGCCUAGAACUGCCUAAAACCAAAACUUUACCGUAUUGAAAGAAGAGCUUAACAAACUGACUAUCAAACGAUAGAAAAUUUUGACUUUGGAAGGAAAACAGAGCUGGAAUCAUGCAAAUUGAAGGAUAUGCCAGAGCGCCAGAACCACAAAUCAGGGCUAUGAAGGGCCUCCGCAGUAGAUCUUAAUUAUUGGGAGGCAGUUUUCCCAGAAAUUAUCAAGACCCCGGCUAUUGACUGCUUUGAACUAGACCAUAAACCAAUCAGUAUUAGUAUAGCUACUAUACAAUAUUAUAUGAAACAAUCAGUCCUUUGGCCACUAGAUUGUUCCUGUAGACAUUUCCAAACUGUCUUGAAAGGCAGACCCAGCUAGACUGGGUUAGAACAGUCCAGUCUGAAGGGAACCAAAACAUGUAUGACAGUGGCAAGGUCUCUGGCUUUACAUAACAAAUGUAGCUGCUGUAUCAGCCCAAGCUAAUAAAAGGCACCAUGGAGCACAACUGCAAGCUGAGAGUUCAGAAGCAAUGUUAGUUCAAACAGUACUCAAAAUUAUAAAUUUAGACCUUUUAUGAAAAAGUAGUUCCCAUCCAGAACAGGUGUUUCUGAACGAGCUCAUCUGAGUUUUCUCACAAUUGUCUCUCUCUCACCUUUGCUACAUUUUCCCCAUUCCUGAAAAAUUCUGCUGAAGCAGUAACUUGAUCUGGAAUGAGUGUAAUCUCAUUGGUAUUCUAAUGUUUGGGGAGUCCCUUGAGUGCUUUUGAGUUCAUGAGUCAUCCUAAAAUAGUCACGAUUAAAAUAAUUUUAAAGGUGCUAAUAAAAAUAAAAUAAUAAAGGCAGUGUUAAUUAACAAUAAUCAUGUUUUUGCAAAUCUUUGUUUUGGGAAUAAAUAACUCUUCUCUGCAAAAUAAGGUUAA